UUUUCAAUAAUUAAUUAUUAUGGCAUUCAUCUCCGAUACUGGAUUGGAAAACCUAAAAAAAUAUAAAUACGUCUCUGGAGGAUACUCAUAUUUGGACAAUAAGAUUAAUCCAUUCUGGAUAUUUGUAAGUGAACUCUACCCUACUUGGCUUGCUCCAAAUCUGAUUACCUUCAUUGGAUUCAUAACAAUGAUCUUGGCUUGCAUAUUCUAGGUUUUUGGCGAUAUGACAUUAACCUAAGACAUCCCUUCUUGGACAUUCUACUUUAUGGCAUUCGCUAUUUUUGCAUAUCAAACUCUUGACGCGACCGAUGGAAAACAAGCCAGAAGAACACAAUCAUCCUCGCCUCUGGGUCAGUUGUUUGAUCAUGGUUGUGAUUCAUUCAUUAUGCAAUUUUUCAUUAUCGGAGCAGCAUAGGCAACCUUGAUGGACAGAGACACCUUAUUUUAUUUUUAAUUCUUUUGUCAAAUAGGACUUUGGGCAAUAAACCAAAAAGAAUAUUACACUGGAGUUUUGCAUACUCAUUUGGCUAAUUUUGGUGUAACUGAAUUGGAAUUAGUAGCGAUUUCAGUCCAAUUGUUUUCAGCAAUCUUUGGAUAAAGCGCUUGGCACAACAAAAUAUUCGGAUUCAAUCUAUAUAAAAUAGUCACAACAACUAUUUUGGGAGCCGCUGUCAUUUCAGACAUUUUCUUGUUUUUCUCAAAUAUCUUCAAAUCUUAAAAACCACUUAGAGUGUUCAGCGAAUGGAUACCUCUGUUUUUGUUUUGGACCUUAUAGUUUGUUUGGUUCUCAUCCCCAAUCUAUAGUCAACUUGCUGGUCCACUCCUGAUUAAUUUUGGAAUUAUUCUAUCAUCAAUUGUCUGCAAAACAAUUGUUUGUUCAACAACCAAGGAUUAAACUCCCUUAUUCCACUUGGAAAUGUUGCCCUUCAUCAUCAUUAGUUUACUAACCUUCUUUAUUCCAUUCAGUUUGGAACAUUUGAAAAUAUUGUUCUGGAUUUAAUUUAUUUCCACGAUUGUUCUAACUCUCUUAUUUAUUAAGAAUGUCAUAAAUUAAAUAACCACAUACCUUAAUAUUAGUUGUUUCACAAUCAAGAAGAAAGAAAAUUGA